UGAUGAUGAUGAUCAUCAUCAUCACGAUCAGCUCAAACCCAACUCAACCCAACCCCAGCAAACCGUCCCCUCCGAAUACGGACGAGAACAACCUGGGCUCAUUCCUAGCCAAAGAUAACCUCACCUCGGCUUCGAUUCCCUUCAAGUUCAACACCACCGCCACCACCCCUCAACCCACCAAGAACUCCGGCUCAGAGCAAACCGAGAAUAAUCUGGCAUCCUUUCUCUCCAAGGAUAACAUCACUUCGGCUUCGAUCCCCUUCAAGUUCAAUAGCACCACCACACAGCCCACCAAGAACUCGAGCCCUAAUACGGAUGAUAAUCUGGCCUCGUUCCUCUCCAAAGAUAACAUCACAUCGGCUUCGAUCCCAUUCAAGUUUGAUAACACUAAAACCCAGCCAUCCAAGAACUCGAGCCCCAGUACGGACGACAAUCUGGCCUCGUUCCUCUCCAAGGAUAACAUCACAUCGGCUUCGAUCCCGUUCAAGUUCAAUAACACCAGCACCCAGCCGACCAAGAACUCGAGCCCCAAUACGGACGAUAAUCUGGCCUCGUUCCUGUCCAAGGAUAAUAUCACAUCGGCUUCGAUCCCGUUCAAGUUUAAUAACACCAGCACCCAGCCGACCAAGAACGCGAGCCCCAAUACGGACGAUAAUCUGGCCUCGUUCCUGUCCAAGGAUAAUAUCACAUCGGCUUCGAUCCCGUUCAAGUUUAAUAACACUAAUGUCGGGACUGGUCAACAGACUAAGAAGAACUCGUCGUCGAGCUCUAAUACGGAUGAUAACUUGGCUUCGUUCUUGUCCAAGGAUAACCUCACCUCGGCUUCUAUCCCGUUCAAGUUCAACAGCACUAACGUCGGCACUAGUCAGCAGACCAAGAAUCCCAACUCUAAUACGGAUGAUAACCUGGCCUCCUUCCUGUCAAAGGACAACCUCACCUCCUCAUCCACCCCGUUCAAGUUCAACACAACUGCUGCUGCCCUCACCUCAUCCUCCAAAUUCAAUUCAACAACCGAGAACAACGACCAACCUUCGCUGAUCAAUGCAAUGAAUGCGACCAUGACCUCGAGUCCGUUUAAAUACAACACCACCAACGAAAACAACCUCGAUCAGGCCAAUGCCAGUUUGCUCUCUGCUCCCUUCAAAUUCAACCAAACCAACUCUACCUCCGCUCAUUCGACCAACAGCGAAAGUGAGCCCAGCCUGGCAGCCAUCGGUCAAGAUAAAGCAGCCAACACCACCUUGGUAUCCAACACCUUCCAGCUCAACUCGACUACUGGUGCUGGUCUACAGAGCAACAACGUGACUGCGAUCGAUAAGGAUAAUGCCGUCCUGACAUCCUCUCCAUUCAAGUACAACUCCACCAAUCUCAAUUCUUCGGACUCCAAUGGGCUCUUGUCCUCAAACAAUAGCAACAACAACGCAACCAAUUCCACUCCCGUCUAUACUCCUUAUCACAGCGAUCCAAAGCCUGCGCCUGCCUUUGUUCCCGUCACCUCCCUCUUUGUUAACCCGCGUCCAGCGGACCCAGUUGGUCCAUCGACCGCUCCACCGUCUGUGGAGACCUCGCUACCUUCUGCUGGAGCACCACCUAAGAAGUCAUCGCCCACCCCGUUCCCGUCAAGCUGGCCACGUUACAUCGUCCCUACCAAUGCGCCAACUUCGGCUCCUGCAAACUCGACUCUGAUCUCGAUCUUGUUUACCGAUGCGCUCAAUUGGCCAUGGCUGGUCACCAACUCGAAUGCCUCCUCGCAAGUCCUCGUCUUCAUGCCCGAGUUGAUCGCCUCGAGCUUGCAGAUCCCUGAGGACCAGGUGGUCACCCAGUCCUUACAAGCUUAUCAGCCCGUCAACUUCAAUCCUAGUAACGAGGCCAGCAUGUUGACCUUAUGGCUGGGCUACAUUCCCAGCCAAUACGUCGGUCAAUUACAAGCAAUGAUUCGUGCCCCUCAGAGUCGGUUCUACUCCAGUACUAAUUCGGGUUUUGAGAGCCUUGGCUAAGACCGUUGACCCAUCGCUACCUAUUUCGACUUAUGAAAAGAAGACACCGGCGAGUCAAGCAGCCGCCAACCCUACGUCAACAGAUGACGGGGAUCCACCACCUGCCAACCAAAGUCAAAAGAUAGCGGUCAUAGCCUCGGUGACGACAUGUGGGGCGGCGAUCCUAGCGAUCGGGCUGGUGAUAGCCGCACGCCAGUCGAGGCGAAGGAUGAUCGGACGAUCUCUGCAGGGUUCGCCGGGCUCGUCGAGUCUGCGGAUCGGCGCGCCGAUGAUUGGCAGUUUCCAGCGGGGCCAGGACGGGCUACCGGUGCCACACCAAGGCCGGAUGGAACAAGUCUCUGCGCUUCCGGUCUCCGGCGGGGCUGCCCAGCCCACACGAAGCUCAGACUCUGGUGGCGGUGGCGGCUCGUAUGUCCGGCACGAGUACGGACAGGCGCGAACGACGUCGCUGAUCCAGCAUCCCUUCCAGACGGCCAAUGCGUCCGAUCGGAUCAGUUGGUGGGGCAGGAUGAGCGGGAUCCUCGGCGGCGGCGGCGGCACCUCGGCUGGUCGACAUGACGAUCAUCUGGCUGGCGGCGAUCACACUAACCUCUCCUUCGAAUCCGCCGUCGACCAUUUCAGACCUUCUCCCUCCCCUCCGCCCGCUUCUUCUUCUGCUUCUGCUCGUCAGAAUCAUCAGCAACAGAGAAGAGUUCAGAUCACCAGGGGUGCUGAUGGUCUUGUCUCCGGUAUCGGUAGACCGGUUAUGAGGGAAAACUCGUUGUUCUUUUGAUUCCCCCCCUCUUUUCUUCUUGGUGUGUGUAUAUGCACAUUGACACCACUGACAGCAAGCAUUCCUUGACCAUCCACUCACUCUUAUACGCUCGUUUACGAUCUCAAUAUACAUACUUCAUAGGAUUGAUUGGAAGGGAUUAAAUCAGAUUGCAAGAUCUACUUCCUUCUCAACUCUCACUUUCUCUCUUUUUUUUGAUGAUUUAGUUUUUUUUUGUUUUGACGUAAAUAUAUACACGAGUCUCACUCUUUUUAUCUUCCAUUCCUUCAACCACACCAACACCAACCCACGAAAAAAACACACAAAAAAAACACUCAUUUAGUAUUUAUUUAUUUUUCUUCUCCUGAAUCAAAAAAAAAUGCAAAAAAAAAUUCUUACGCUCUCUUAUAGGUUUUGGCAUGUUUCAACUACUCCCUCUCUUUAUCUCAUAUACUCCUUUAAACUGCACCCUCCUCUUCCUUGGCCAACAUUAUAUCUCUACUCUCUCUCUCUCACAUUCAUUCACCUAUACUCAUUUGGUCACUACAUGACAUAUAUAUAUAUAUGAUACGUUACAAACACAAUUGAGCUGUUUAUUUUACUUGCUAGGUGGAUCUCCUUCUUCUGCUCCUUUAUCUCUCCCCCCCCCCCCCUCCCCUCAC